CACUAAGAGCAGCAUUAUAGCUUAGGCGUCUAAAAAUACCGCGCAUUCCCUGUAUGCUCAUUGCUCAGUACCGGGUGCAAUACAGAAGUACUUUGGGGGGUGAAGAUGAAGGGGAUUCCUGGCUGUAUGGACAUGUGAGCUAGGCUUCUAUUGACUCCUUCUCCCAGAGAUUAACUAAUUGUGUCUACCCCGCCUCAUUGUAUACGAGCGAUAUAUCGAUCGCCUGUCUGUACUUGCAGUGUUGUUUCGUAUGGUGUAACGAGAGGCAGAAACUACAAAACAGAAUUUUUCCCUAUUGUAUGCAGAGUAAAGGCUCACGCAGUGAUGGAGGCGAACUCUCCUCCGCAACGUCUCAGCGAGGAGUAAAAACGUUCUGAAUCCCCGUUCGUCGUGGAGGCCAAGAAAUGUUGAGAGAUUUCAAACGGAGGGAUUUUUACAUGUAAUCUCAAGUGAUUGCGAAGUAGAGAGAGAGAGCGAGUGAGGAGAAAAAAAUAUAUAUCAAAAACCACCUUGUUGAAGUUAAGGAAUUAUGGAUACUGCUUCAACCGUGAUAUGUAGACUGGUACGGGUUAAUUGGAAGAAUUAAUUAAUAUGAAUCAUGGAUUUCAGCGUUAAUGAUUCCGAAGCAUAAGAGAUGGUAAGGUCGACAUGUUUAAUGUUUUUUGCAGUUAUAGGGUCAUUUUUUGCAUGACCUUUGUGAAUACCAUAACAUAUUAAUAAAAAAAAACAAAAAUUCAAAAUUGUUUUCAUUCCGCAUUUUGAGUCUCUUCCAUCGAGUAAGGGGAACGUCAUGGCGUCGGUCGCGGCAUGGCUACCUUUCGCCCGGGCUUCCGCCAUUGGGUGGGUACCAGUCGCCUCAAAUCCCCUCCCCCCUCCCAUGGUCCGGCAAGAAGACAGACGUGGGGACGAGAAAAUCACCAUCAACGUCAGCGGGAGGGUUUUUGAAGUAUGGCGGACGACGCUCGAAAAAUACCCAGAUACCCUUCUAGGCUCGAACGAAAAAGAUUUCUUCUACGAUGAGGAAUGUAAGGAUUAUUUCUUCGAUAGGGACCCCGAGCUUUUCCGACACAUUUUAAACUACUACCGAACAGGAAAACUACAUUACCCUAAGCACGAAUGUCUAGCGGCAUACGACGAAGAACUGUCUUUUUUUGGUAUCCUUCCAGACCUUAUAGGAGACUGUUGCUAUGAGGACUACAGGGACAGAAAGCGCGAAAAUCAGGAACGUCUAAUAGACGACAAGAACUCUGAAAAUGGCCACUUGGAACCUGUGGCAAAUCUCAGGGAGCGAAUGUGGAGAUGGUUUGAAAACCCCCACAUCGGGACCGCUGCCCUCGUCUUCUACUAUGUAACGGGAUUCUUUAUCGCCGUAUCUGUGAUGGCCAACGUUAUAGAAACUAUACCAUGUGGGGUCAUUAAGGGCACCCACGAAAACCCCGCCUGUGGGGAACGAUUUGAAGCAAUAUUUUUCUGUUUAGAUACCGCUUGUGUGAUGAUCUUUACAGCCGAAUAUUUACUUCGCCUUUAUGCAGCGCCAGACAGGUGUAAAUUCAUGCGCAGUGUCAUGAGCGUAAUAGAUGUUGUGGCUAUUCUUCCUUAUUAUAUAGGACUCGUCAUUACUGAUAAUGAUGACGUCAGUGGCGCUUUCGUCACGCUUCGAGUAUUUCGUGUAUUUAGGAUCUUCAAAUUUUCCCGCCACUCGCAAGGUUUACGAAUUCUUGGAUAUACGCUUAAGAGUUGUGCAAGUGAGCUGGGUUUUCUUCUUUUUUCACUGACCAUGGCUAUAAUCAUUUUUGCUACGGUGAUGUUUUACGCCGAACGAAAUGUGGAGGACACAAAAUUCAUAAGUAUUCCCGAGGCAUUCUGGUAUACCAUCGUAACCAUGACAACCCUAGGUUAUGGUGAUAUGGUGCCAAAGACGAUUGCCGGAAAAAUAGUUGGCGGCUUGUGUUCCUUGAGCGGAGUUUUAGUCAUCGCACUUCCUGUUCCUGUUAUUGUGUCCAACUUCAGUAGAAUUUAUCAUCAAAACCAAAGAGCUGAUAAACGAAAAGCACAAAAGAAAGCGAGAAUCGCCCGUAUUCGAAUGGCCAAAAACGCCAGUGGUGCCGCCUUCAUCAGCAGCAAGAAGCGAGCAGAGGAGGCCAUGCGAGCCCGCGAGAGCGGACUAGAAGUAGAGGACCUGAAAAAUCAAGACACACUGGAGAUGCAGCAUCACCAUUUACUCAGCUGCCUGGAGAAAACCACAGACCGAGAAUUCGUGGAAUUGGAUAUGGCGUAUAAUGGGGCUCCUAACAAACCCUCUGAGACACCCCCUCCCUCUCCGGACCCCUCGCUGACGUCACUAGACCGGCGGAAAGGCACUGGGUGCUGCGGUCGUAGGUUUUCUCCACAUCGAAGAUUUCUCGUAAAGCGAAGAAACACUGAUUCUGAUCAAGAUGACCUGAACGAUAUUCAAAUUCGACUUCCAACCAUCAACCGAUCCUCCAGAUCGAAUCUGAACGCCGUCAGCGGCGGCGGCGGCGGCGGCGGGGGCGGGGCGACAACUCCAAACAGUAAAUCCAAUAAUCUGACUGUUACUACAGCCAUUGUUACACCACCAACGCCGAGCACAACUCCAGAGACCGAAUCACUCCUGGCGCAAACUGAUCAGUCACCGCCGCCGUAUCCACAGACUUCUUCUACUCAGACACCGUACACUUCACAAAACCCAGGAGAUGUGGUUAAAAUAUCCUCAUUGUGAUAAUUAAUCGUGUGUUAGCUAAAAUCUUCACGUCUCACAAUGCUACUAUGAUAUAUUUAAAAUGCAACUCUAGACAAUUGGACAUCGCAAAACAUUUGCACCGAAUCGGCAUUGAUGAUCAUGAUGAUUUAUGACGGAAAAUUAUUGGAUAACUAUACCUCAGUGUUAAAGAAUGAACAGUGAAGGUGUCAAUGAAGGAGCUUCAAUCAAAAUCUUUAUGCGAUGACGAAAAAUAAGUAAAACGGAUAAAAAAAAUCAAACACGAAGAGGCGUGAAGUAUUUGCUACGAAAUCUGCCCAAAUAAUUCCAUUUUAUUCAUUUUUCAAUGGAUACUGCACUGACCACAGAUAUUGCGGAAUGUUAUUUAUAGUGUGAUUUCUUUCACCAGUUUACCACGUGAUUCUCUUUUCCCGCGGAGAAAAUACAUGGGAUAUGACAAACUUAUCACGUGAUACUUUCCAGAGCGAUGAAUGGUUGAUUUUUUUUUAAAUUAUGUCUAUAGAAAAUAUUGCUCACGUAUAGUGUUAAGUAUGUAGGUGUGUAGAAUUUGCAAUUUUGUAUUUGCAUCAGAUCUCACAUCAUUUUUUGCAACACAUCCGUAUUCAUGCAAAGUGCGAUAACCCCUGAAUCAUUUCAGCAUUUCAAAAAAAAAUUAUGUCUAUCCUACUAUGCAUAGUAGACUUAGAGGAUUGUAGGAAAGGAAAAUAAACCAAAGAAUAAGGAAAAAAAAUCUUUUUCAGAACAAGUUACAUACAUCAGGAUAUACAGACGUUUUGAUUAAUUUACAUAAGAAUAAAAUUGUUUGGUGAAGAAAAUCUUUUUUCGUAAGUAUAUUUAAAGGCAAAAAUCAACACUUAAUUAUACAAUCAUGUUACAUCAUUGCUCAGUGUAUUAAUUGUGGUGUUCAUUAUCUCGUAAACUUUGCCUAGCGAAAGUUCUAAGUUAAAAGAAAAUGAAACAAGAAUAGCCUUGAAUUUCACGAUAUCACUUUGUUAGUAAAAAAAAAAAGAAUAACAUUCUACACUCUACGAACCAUUUAAAAAACCACUCAUUGACGUAUAUCGUUAUUCAUUUGUAUAUAGACCUCAAAUGCGAUAUCACACUUUGAUAUCCACCUUUAGUACCAAAAGAGAAUUCAUUUUGAAAUGUUCGUAAGAAUGGGAUGUAUUUAUUUACCAUAUGCGAAAACUGAAUGUUGACUUAUUCCCGCAGACAGGGCUUUUUUCGACCCUUUAUGUUUGCCCAAUCACGGUUAUAAAAGAUUUCGUCUCCUUUUAAAUUACAUGUAGCUCUUGCGCAGUUGUGGCUGUAGAGAAUAGCCCUUUUUUUAAAUGCCCCGUUUAAAAUUUCCCACACUGUCAAUUAGGCUGAAUUGGGCAAAAAUAAAAAAAAGGGCGAAAAUAUUAAGAAUUGUUUACCCUAUAUAGUUAACCCAUAUUUUCAGGUUUUUAAUCUUUUACUUCAUUUAGUGUCUCAUCCAUCCAAAUCCUCUUUUUUUUUUUUUUUUUUU